AUGGACUUUCUAAUGGUGACAGAGACCGCCCGCGCUGCUUUCGACCGAGUCAUCGAAGGAACAAACAACCUCCUCGAACUAUUCUGUUCUCUAUCAUCCGAAGAAAUCUUCCACGCCGAGGACGAAGACAUCACAGCAGUGAUCACACCAACCGGCUUCUCUUCGUUCAUCAUUUACCACACCCCAGAACAAUUACCUCCCGUUCUGCAGACUUAUUCCGAAGCCUGGUCUGAAACAAACACAACCACUUCUCCCGACUUCCGAUCCCCAUACUUUUUGAACGACACAGUUCUACACCAAAACCUCGAUUCUACACAACCCAUCACCUCGACCCAACCGAUUCUUUUCUUGAAAUUCGAUCCACCGACUAGCUCUCUUCCACCAACAGUCGAGUUUCCUCUUACACCAGAAUCCACCAUGUCGAUCUGCGUGUCCCCCACCCGCGCCACGACCAUGACGGUCUUCCCCUGCCGCCACUGCAAGGUCUUGUGGCAAGUCCGCUCCUCCGACCUCCCCCACGGCCCCAUCGACGGCUACAGCGUCGCACACUGGCGCGUGCAAGACGGCGUCCCAAGUCGCUGUCUCAACUGCGUCAUCGUCCUGGGCGCCAUCCACAAGCUACGCAACGAGGUAGUGCGCUUCCCCUGGCUAGUCACCGAGGGCAUGGCGGGUGCGCCGAAGAAGCAGGCGUGGGAGAUGGUGGGCGGCGAUGAGGGCGAGGAGGACGACGACGACGACAACGACAACAACAACAACGGCAAGGUCGAUUCCGGCCGCGGAAGCGCCGGCGGCGGCGGCGGCGACCGCGAGUGGGGCAGCGAUGGCCGCACCAAGGAGGAGGGCGAGAAGUUCCGCCAGCAGAUGGCCGAGGGCUUCAUGAAGACCGCGGGUAAGGCGGUGAGCGAGGAGGAAGCCCUGGAGUUGGGCGGCGGCAAGAACUGA